CGCUCGGGCCGGCGGGAGCUCGGCCCGCGCCCCCUUCAAGCGGGUCUCCCGGGCCCGCCCCUGAGCUAUGCCCCGCUAUUGCGCGGCGGUGAGUUGCAAGAACCGUCGAGGACGGAACAAUACCGACCGGAAGCUGAGUUUUUACCCGUUUCCUCUCCAUGACAAAGAAAGACUUAAAAAAUGGUUAAGGAAUAUGAAACGUGAUUCCUGGGUUCCGAGUAAAUACCAGUUCCUUUGCAGUGACCAUUUCACUCCUGAUUCUCUUGAUAUUAGAUGGGGUAUUCGAUAUCUGAAACAAACUGCAGUUCCAACAAUAUUUUCUUUGCCUGAGGACAACCAGGAGAAAGACCCUUCAGGAAGAUCUCCAAGGGAAAAGUUGGAAAAUGAGAAAGAAAUAUGCCUAAGAGCCAAGUCUGAGGAAUCCUUUGCAUCAGAUGAGCCAAAGAAAAAAACAGGUAACACAGGUAUUCCUCCUGAAGCUGCAAAAUUAAAUGAUGCAUCUUUUUUGGUGAAGCCACCACCUCAAAAAUCAGGAAGUAUACAAAAUAAUCUAUUAACUCUAGUUGAACAAGAUACCAGAAAGCCAGAUUCUGUCAUGGAAACAUCAAAUAAGCAAGACAUUGGUAAAGAUAGUUUUCACACAUCUUUUGAGAAUCUAAAUUCUACGACUAUUACUUUGACAACUUCAAAUUUAGAAGAUAUUCAACAGCCACUGGAAACUCAAGAAGUUGUUGAAAUAACUACUAAUCAUCUUUCUAAUUCAAAUUUUACAAAUAGUUUCAUGGAAAUUAAGUCAGCACAGGAUAAUCCAUUCUUAAUCAGCACAAUUACUCAAACUGUUGAAGAGUUAAAUACGAAUAAAGACUCUUUCAUUGUGAUUUUUAUACCCACAGAAAAUUCAGAACCAACAAUUAACUCUGUUGUGCCUUCCCCAAAAGAAACUAUGGAAAUGGAAGACACAGACAGUGAAGACUCCGCAUGUGAGGACAUAGACUACAAGACAGAAGUUUUACAAAUUGAACAUUCUUAUUGCAGAAAAGACAUAAAUAAGGAGCAUCUUUGGCAGAAACUUUCUAAACUGCAUUCAAAGAUAAAUCUUCUUGAGCUCCAAGAGCAGCAAACUCUAGGAAGAUUAAAAUCUUUAGAAGCUCUAAUAAGGCAGCUAAAACAGGAAAAUCGACUAUCUGAAGAAAAUGUCAACAUUAUAGAAAACCAUUUCUCAACAUAUGAAGUUACUAUAUUGUAAAUAAAUGUUAAAGUUAUGGUUUGAGUAGGAACUUUUUACAACUAAACCAAAUUAUACAUAAAGUUAGCUGUUCACAGCAUAAUGCAUGUUUCCCAAAGUAGGCAGUACCGUCUUCACUGGGCACUGGGGGCAGUGGGAGUCUCAGGUGCAAUUGAUGGCUGCUUUGUUGCUUAGGAAGAGUUCUGUGUGUUGCUUAGAGUGGAAUUCCAGGGGUCACUGAGUAGGUUUUUGUUU